AUAUUCCAGAAAAUGGGGAAGUCUAGUUAUGUUUAGACAAAAGCUGGAAUAGAAACUUUUUGAAUACAUAUAAACCAAGGCCGAUUUUGGAUUGAGCAAUUAUCGAGUGUCCUCUUUGAAAAAAUUUGCAGGCUCAAUAUGUUCCCUGCUGAAAUUUGCAGGCUCGAUAUGUUCCCUGCUGCCGACACCUCCUUUCCAUUUACUCAUCUCAAAAUAUAUGACGUUUAUAUAAGCUUUUGUGACCCUCAUAUCAGCCAAGAUUUUGCUAGCCGACUGAACUAUGCUCUUGAAGCGGAAGGCAUUGUCACCUGGAUAGAAGGAAAAUUCAUAGAUGAUAUCCCUCCUUUUCAACGCAUCCGAGAAAGUAGGAUCUGUAUACCUAUUUUCUCCGACACAUUUAUCGAGUCACAAUCGUUCUUGAAUGAAGUGUGUUUUAUGAAUAAGUCGAGGGUCAAAAUUUUUCCUCUGUUUUAUCAUGUUUAUCCUUCAGUCGUUCGCCACCCGGAGAGAAUUCCAUCUGCACAAGAUUUCGUGCAACAUCUAAACAAGGAGACAAUAGAAGCAUUAAAGAAUGUUUCCGAUAUUUGCGGAUGGUCUUCGGAUCAAUUUUCGGACAGCGCUUUGAUUCAAGAUGUAGUGAGCAAGGUAGUGAAAUUCUUAGAGUCAGCUAAGGUUCAUUUAGAUACUCCGAAAUGCUUUGGUUUAGACUGGCGCGUGGAGCAUGUCAGGAGAUUGCUCAACUUAGCGGAUCAUCAGAAGAAGAUUUUGAAAGUGGGUAUACAUGGGAUGCCCGGUAUUGGUAAAACCACCCUGGCCAAGGUUGUUUGCAAAGAAGUCUUCUACAGUCAGUUUGAAGUGCAUUGUUUUGUACUUAGUGUGGGAGAAAUAUGUCAGCUGGAAAAUGGGCUCGUAAAGCUGCAAACCUAUAUGCUCCAAGAGGUUUCCCGAUUCAUGCCCAAAGAAGAUUCCCAAGUCAGAGUCGAAGUAGAUCAUAUUGAUCGAGGUAAAUAUCUGCUACAAGAGUGUCUCAGGGGUAGGAGAGUUCUCCUCCUCCUUGAUGACAUUCAAAGUGUCGAGCAGCUGGAAGCUCUUGGGGGAAAUUUCACUGACUUCGGAGCAGGCAGUCGUUUGCUCAUUACAUCUCAGAAUCAACAAAUUCCAAAAGUGGCGAACGUUGAUGGAAUGUACGAGGUAAGGAGGCUUCAUCAAGAACAUGCAAUGGAGUUAUUCACAUUCCACGCGUUCCCUAAUUCCGGCUGUCCAGAUCCAGAGCUACAAACCCCAAGCAUCAAUAUUGUUAAUGCUUGUGAUGGCCAUCCUCUUGCACUCCAACUUCUUGGUAAAACCCUGGCUGGUGAAGACGAUAGAGAUGUAUGGGAAGACAUGGCAGACAAGUUAAGGGAUGAGCCUUAUAUGCAAAAGAAACUCAGAGCCUCCUACGAUACCCUGGAUUCCUUUGAAAAGGAAAUGUUUCUAGAUGUUGCUUGUUUUCUUACAGGAAGGGAGAAAGAAAUUGCUCUGAUCUUUUGGGCAGAGCUGAAUCGGAGUGUUCAUGCUUCUCUCAGACAUCUCUUGCAAAAGUCUUUGGUCAACUUGGGUUCUAGUAACGACUUACUGAUGCAUCGGUGCCUCCAAGAUUUGGGAACUACUGUAGCAAAUGAAAUUUCUACAGAGCCCCAUAAACGCACAAGACUAUUCGAUGAGGACGAUGUGCACCAUAUGUUACGCCGACACUGGGAAAAGGCCAAAAAAGUUCAUUAUCUUCGCUACGAGCCCAAGGAAAGGAAGACAAUGAAGGCAGACAUGUUCAAGCAGCUGUACAACUUGAGGUUGCUCUGGCUUGCAAAUGUUGAGAUAAAGGGACACUUUGCUGAGGCACCCUGCUUUGAUGAAUUGAGAUGGCUCAGAUUGACGAGAUGUUCGUUAACACGGCUACCUCCAGGAAUGAAUCUGAACAAACUUGUUAUUCUGGAGGUAACCGAUAGUCAGAUAACUCAUCUCUGGGACGAAAAAACAGAAGAAUAUUCCAACAUAUGGCCGGAGAAACUUAAAGUGCUUAUUUUGAGAGACUGCGGGUCCCUGGAAACACUUCCUGCUACAAUAAUCUAUACCCAGUUGCAGUUUCUGGACUUGCACAAUUGCCAUUCACUCAGAAGCCUGCCCAAUAAUUUGGCCAAUAAUGUGGGAAACUUCCACAGCUUAGUUUCUCUCAACAUGAAAGGCUGUGGUGUUUCUUGUUUGCCUGGGGAUUUCGGUAUGCUUUCAAGUCUGGAAGAAUUGGAUCUAUCUUGGUGUAAGAAUUUAUGCAACCUUCCUGCUAGUUUUGGCAAUUUGACUCGGUUGGAAAAACUACAAAUUCACCACAAUUCAAAUCUUAGAGAGCUACCGGCCACCAUUGGUGGCCUAGAAAGUUUGGCUUAUCUGGAUGCCGGCUACUGCCAACUGUGUGAAAAUGGACUCCCAGCCGGACUAUUCGAAUUGUCUUCUUUAAGAAUCAUCAACUUUGAGCAUAAUAGAUUUUGCAGUCUUCCCGGCAGCUUCCAAAAGUUGAGUGGACUUUGGGAACUGCAUUUGGACGGGUGCAGCGAGCUUUCCGAAUUGAGAGGGGUCCCACCAUCACUGGAGAUGCUGUAUGCGCGUGACUGUAUGCAAUUGCAGAGCUUAUGCUGCUUGUCAGGACUGACAAGUCUGUGUAGAUUAGACGUAAGCAAGUCAUGUCAUCUAACUGGUCUGAAUGGAUUGGAAUCUUUGCAAGGAUUGACAACAUUGAGAUUGGUGGGAUGUACAAAACUUUCAAGCGCAACACUUGGAAGCUGCUUGGGUGGUCUCAAGUCCUUGGAGAGCAUCUUCAUUGCGGGCCCCGGUGUCAGCUCAAAGCAGUUACUUUCCUUCUACGAGACUAUCAAGGCCAUCUCUUUCGAGAGUCAAUGUCUAAUGUCUAAAAGGCCAUCUCUUUCGACUUGGCUGCCUGCCGAGCUGAAUGGACGGAACGGGAAGGAAGACAAUUGUUUUGAAUUCUGUGCAGAUGACCGGGAGAUUAGCUACUGUGCAGGAUAUAUUGUUUGUUGUCUUUCGCUUGGCCAAAAUUUUGAUAUUCAAGGCACGAGCAGGCUGCGCUACAGCAUUGAAAGGGAUCAUACACUACGUGCAUGUGAAAUGAUACACCCGGACAUGGAUUCGACAAGUGAAGACGUGCUGGAAGUACGUGUUGUGAGAGUGGAUGGCGAUUUUGAUUUUAAUUGGCUGAGGAUGGGAGACAAACUGAGAGUGAGUGCAGGCUCUGAUCAUCAGAAUUGGGAGGCGUGCUUCAAAUUUUUGAUGUAUGGUCCUCUUAAUGAUCCUCCUCAUGUAAUUUAUCCCCCUGUCGUAGAAAAACCUCCUCGGACAAUAACCUUUGGCAUGUAAAACUAUACAAGGACAUCAAUCUUGUGCCGAGGUAAGUCUUACUGUGCAGCCUUUUAUUGACAUUGAAUGUUCAACUUUUAAUUAAAGCUUUAGCUGGGUUGAGCGCCGAUUCGGAUUUUUA